AUGUUCCGCCGACCAUCGUUGAUAGAAGCUCUCAUCGUUGAGAGACCCUGUUGUCGGGAUGAAAGGAGACCGUAAGUUUUAUAUGGGAUAAGAUCAGUUAAAUAGUUGACUUGCACUUUGUCCUAUUACACUUGAAUGGGAUCUUCUUCUUGUAUCAUGAUAAAGGUUUUCUUGGUGUAAUAGUGUUGAAUAUUCCGCUGAUUUGGCGGAUGUUUUCGUUGACAAAGAUCAUAUGAAGAUCAAAUCUCAACCGGAAAAUAUCGGGAAAGCUCGCAUUUAUUAAUCAAUGACUGCUCAACUGGUGUAGGCUCUAAAUGAUUGAUAGUUUAGACUUGCAGGUCUUAAUUUGUAGCCAGUUUUUCUUUUUUUGUACUUUUUAUCAAUUACUUACAAUUUCAGUUCUAUCCCGAUGUCCUUGGAUAAGGCUGUUUCCCUGAGUAAAUUGUUGUUGGAAAGCGGAUCCCAGUCGCGAGGCGAAUCUACAUUAGAAUUGGAAGCCCUAGCCGCCGUCCAUCAACUGAGUCACGCAGUGCAGUCAAUCAGUGUGUCAGAGAUGCUUCCUCGAACUCCCGAACUCAUUUUCGUCAAUCUGACCACAGCAGAAGGUUUGUUUUUGAUGUUUUUAUGUUUUUGUUGUCCCAUGACGUGCGAUGCAUCGCCUGUGCCCAGUAAUUUGACCUAAUCUAGGCUCUUUUUUCUCCGAAGAGGACUGUUGCACUUUUUUGAAUUCGCAAAGAAAUGCUUUUUCAGAAAGAAGUACUUUAAUUUGUUAGAUUCUUAUCUGUUUUUGUCACAAUCUAAUGAUUUGUGUUUUCAGGACAACCCUACUGCCUCGAAUUGACUCACAAAGGAUGGAGAGUAACAUCGCUGAGAUCAGAUUGUAUGCAAGGCGAUUUCACCCGAAUGGAGUUGUUUACCAAGUACUAUGACUCCUUAUACGAUCUGAUGGAAGUCCUUUCACCCGGCUACAAACAGCGCUUCGGAGAGAAGGUCAGCCAGAAGCUGAGGAUGUACGAGAAUUGCGACGAAUACCCGGCCUGCGCCUGUUCCCCUCCCAUUCGGCCGGACAACAGCUCCAGUUGUUCAACAACGUCGGAUGCGGACUCUUCGUGA